GAGCCGAGGCUGUUCCGGCUUCUUGCUGACAGCGAGAGAAACUCGGAGCCGACCGAGAGAGAGAGAGAGAGAGAAAGAGAGGGGCCAUGGGCUGGUCCGAGAACUCGUUGCCGUUCCUGGUACAGGUCGUGGUCGCGCUGGUGACUCUGGCACCGCUUUCAGAAAGCAAGUUGGAGUUGAGCGUCAGUCAAAGUCCUGUGGAAGUAAUUUAUAAUGAAAGUGGUAUUCUGCAAUGUGCAAUUGCUGAAUUCACUGGGUCUACAUUGAACUCAAAGAACUUGGGUGUUUUAUGGUCUUUCACUAGUGGCACUAAAAAAUCAAAGGCCUUUGUCUACACUUCUGGAGUAAUAAGUGAAGCAUGGAAAGAAGCUGAGCUUUUGGAAAGCUCCAUUCUAAACGGAAACAUGUCAUUGUUGCUAAAACAUGUCACGUUUAAACACACUGGACAGUAUCAAUGUGAAGUUUUCAUUCCACCAAAUGAUAAAGCCUCUAAGACAAUAAAGCUUGAGGUUUUAGCACGUCCCACAGUAACUGUGGUUUCAGAAAAAACUGUGGAAGUUGGCAAAGGUGGAGAAAUGGUCUUGGGUUGUCAGUUAAGUGGAUAUUAUCCUUGCGAGGGCAGUGCUGAGUGGUUUCAGUCAACCCCAUCACAAGCAGAAACAAAACUAUUAACUGACAUUUGCAUCACUCCGCCAGUGAAAAACCCUGAUGGAACAUGUAAUGUAACCACUGAAGUUAGAUUGGAACCUCGUAUAGAAGACAUUGGCAGCACUUUCAAAUGCUUUGUCUCACACAAGACGUUUACAGAGCCUUUCUUUGUUGAAGCUUUGGUGACUUUGAAAGAAGCAGAAAUUCGUCUGUCGACUAGAUCAGUAGUUGCGAGUGUGAUUGUGAGCAUCAUUUUUUCAGUUGCCGUAAUAGCACUAGGAAUUUUCCUCUUUAUGCGGUUCCAUUAUAAAGUUGCCCCAAAAGUGUCGCAAAUUCAAAGACCUGCCCAACUUAUACACCAAGAACUUGCAGAAUUUACAUGUCAAGUAUCUGGAUAUCGACCUAAUGUUAUUACUAUCAGUUGGUAUUUGAAGAGGUGUAAUGACACUGAAGAGAAGUUGAUUUCUGAAUGGCAAGAGGACUACCCAUUCCACUUAUCUUUCAUAAUGGGCAAGAAAAUAGAAAGGGCUGGAAAAAAGAAUGAAACUGACAUUGAAUGGAAAGUCAAGGCAGCCAGUAUCCAGAAAAAUUAUGAUGGAACAUUCAGCACUUCCAGCAUUCUUGAGGUUUAUCCUGACAUCAGUCUGGAUAAUGAAGCAGAAAUCAUCUGUAAAGUGAUCCAUCCAUCCAACAGUGAAGGCAUCUCUAGAAAGAUCUGUUUAAAAAUUGAUGGAAUUCCUCCUAAAUUGGCUGACAUAAUUAAACCCCCAGUUGUGCAUCAUAACAAUUCUGUGAUGCUGACUUGUCCAAUAAAUUUCUUCAAGCCGCGUCCUCUAAAGGUUACAUGGCAUAAAAUAAUAGCUGGAAAGAAAAGACCUUUGCUGAAGUACGCCAAUGAAGCUGAAAAUAAUUUAUAUCCAGGCAAAUAUUCCCAUUGUAUGAGUGAGUUUAGUUAUCCUGACUGUACUCACAGUGUCUGCAGUAUGCUGCUCUUUAAUGCAACAAUCCAAGAAGAUGAUAACAGUCAGUAUUUUUGUGAAGUUGGACACAUUGGUUUGAAAAAUCCAGCAGAGAAACAUGUUCAACUGAACGUAAAAGCUUAUCCUUCUGUUAAUGCCAUAUUCAGUGAACCAGUGAACCCUGUAAUUGGAAAAGAAUUGAUUCUGACCUGCAAAGUGCAUUCAUUUUAUCCUAAAAAUAUUACUGUUCAAUGGUUGAAAAAUGAAGACAUCAUUAUGGAUGCAGAGACACCUGAAAUAGUUCAAAAUUCCAAAAAUGAGUUAUAUGAACUUACCAGUUCAUGCACAAUUACUCCAAUGGUAUCAGAUCUACAGAGUAAAUAUAAAUGCCAGGUUCAACAUGAGAGUCUUAUGUAUCCAAGGUUUGCAGAAUAUAUUCCUGAAAAUUUAGUAUCUUUCCCUAAAGUAUCUGAAAUUACCUGCGAUCCUGCCACCCCUGAACUAGAGAAAGAAUUGACUUUAACCUGUAGAAUAAGUGACUUUUAUCCAGAGAAUAUUCAAAUUGAAUGGUUCAGAAAUGAUGUGAGAAUGAACAAUGAUGGAAAACAGGGAAGAAUUAUGGAAAGAUCAUUGUGUGAAAAUGGUCUGCACAGCAAAAUUGCUACAAUAACCUUGACUCCAAGUACUGAUGAUCAUCAAGCUGAGUAUAGAAUUGAAAUUUGUCAUUCAAAAUCUUCAACAAAACCUUUUAAGCAAUGUUACGAGCUACUUCUUAAAGGAUUACCCAAAUUUUCAGAGUUCAGAAUGGAGCCAGAGAACCCUUUGUAUGGCAAGAAUUUAUCUGUGUCGACUUCAGUGUGUGGAAUUUCUCAUAAAAAUAUUACAGUUGAAUGGUAUAAAGCAUCUGAGCACAUUAAACAUGGAAUCACAAAUUCAGAGCCCAUGCUUACCAAUGAAAACACUUACACGAUAAACAGUUGUCUGAAUUUUACAGUGACUGCAGAAGACUUUGAAAGAGAGUUACGCUUUCAGUACAAAGACAAUUCAAAAACUGAUAGACCUGUAUUCAAAAGACUUAUUCAACUGCCUCUCAAAGCUGUGCCUCCCAAAGUAUCAGAAAUCAAGUGUAGCCCUGCUCACCCCAAAAAGGGUGAAAAAGCAAUUCUUACUUGCAAUGUUGAGCAUUUUUGUCCAAUGGAUGUACAUGUUAUUUGGAGCAAGGGAUGGACAGAAUACAAGGAUAAACAAAGCGUCGAAACACCCAAAAUUGAUUGCAAAGGACUUUACUCAACAGUGACAAAUUUGCCUAUUGUCGCAAAUGAAGGCACAGCAGAGUACACUUGUGAAGUUUGGCACGCAAAAACCAAUGAUAUUAUAGAGAAGAUGUAUAUUCUGUGAGUUUAGAUUCUCUAUCCUACAUAAACAAGAGAAAGACACUGUAGUGAAAUGAACUGCUUGGAUUUGCAUUGAGGUGUGCAUAUUAAGAAUAUCCUCUUUUAUUAAAGUACCUUAGCACACCCAUGAAACCCAGUUCAACAGAGAUUCUGUAAAUGUCACAAUGCAAACUAUGGAAUUGAAUUUAACAAAGCUAAUAACUUGUGUCUCGCACCAGAAGAAACAUGACCGUAGAGGCUGCUGGACUUUGAGGGACUGUAAUCCCACACUAGAUGACUUAUUUCUAGUAACAUACUAACAACUUCAGGUCUCAGAAGAUCUUUGGUCUCUCUAAUCACCUAGUAUUGCUUUGGUGCAUUUAGUGCCUUCUGAAGUGGCCUGGCAAGCUGACCAAAAUAGGAAUUGAUGUUAAAUGUGGCCUCACUAGCAUAACCCACAACUUUUUAAGGAGGUGUGACUUGGUCGGUUAUUUCUUCUUAAGCAGAUAAACCCAGAAAUUUCCAUGAAUGUAUUUAAUCCUGGAACAUUUUUUGUUAUGGAAUUAAUGCUUGCAACUCGAGAACGCAAAUUGCUUCAGGACUGAGAAUGGUAAUGUUAAACAGCCGUUUCAGAAACCUCUGUUAUCCAGACUCUGAAAUGUUCAGCGCCUUUGUUUGCCUUACUUGCAUUCAAUAGUUCCGGCACCAAAUGCAACUUGCAUUCUUAAGUUGCCUACUUUUAUUGAGGGAAGGGUGUAUAGGCUGGGUCUCUUAUCUCCUGGAAAGAGAAGUCUGAGGGGUGACCCAAUAAAGGCAUUUAAAAUUGUGAAAGGUUUGGCCAUAGAGGGGCUGAGUUUUUGUUUGAUUGAGUUGUCAAGACUGGAAGCAGGCAAGGCAUGUGCCUGAGAGGCAUGCUGGCAUUUCCCAACUCCCAGCGAUUUUGGAAGAGGCGAUUACUCCUGCAUGUCGGCCCAACAUUGGUUGAUAAUGAGUUAGCCCUUUGAGGGUUUAAUUAAGAUCACUUUCCCCACCCCAUCGUGUCAAGAGGCCAUCUGUAACACCAUGGCAGCCUCCCAGCAGCAGGGUGGAUAGACAUCAGAGCUGGAGACUCCAGUCUGUUUGGAAGGCGCGCUCUGUAAAUCGACCACAUUAUAGAAUGUCACAACACAAAUGGGCCAUUCAGGCAGAUCAAGGUAUGUGAUAUAUGCCCUGAAUAAUGACUGUGAUGUGAGAUAGCCAAGUUGUUCUAUUCUGAUUUAUGGCCAAGAGGAUCUGAACUAAAUUAACCAUAAAACUGCUUUGAAAGUGCUCCUGAGCACUACUGAACUGUUGAAAACAUGCAGGCAUUUUUAAUCAACCUAGAUCCAUGAUUUUCCCUUCUUGACUAAGGUUUCCUAGAAUCGCCAUUAUUUUUUUAACGGCCAAAGAAUUUUAUUUUCUGAAAUGAAAGUAAUUCAUUUUUUAUCACGUUAACAAUAAAUAACAAUGUUUGAAUAGA